AGAGCAGGCUAGGAAUGCUUUAUGAGUUGACUGGGACUUUCCAUCUUUCGGACUUGACGUCCAUCGUUCAAGGAAAAAUCUUUUCAUCCAACUUCCAAAUUUACAAUGGGUGGAAACAGGCCAUAGUUGAGGUCUGGAGCAAAUCAGAAGCGACUGAGCCACGGAAGUCACAUUCCUGGACCUCUUCAUAGCUUCACUGUCUCUGGAGGACAUGAGAUGCCUUCUCUGGUGGCCUUCUCUGAAGUUCUCCAACUUCUCUAGGGUUUAGGUUCUCUGCGGAGGAUUUUGGGACCCUCUCGUCCAGAAAGAUCCAUCCAUCCUGUAAGAUCUAUUCUGUUGAGGACAUUAGAUCUUAUAAGAUUCAUUCUCUGGAGGACAUUCUCUGGUGGUCUCCUGUCAGGUUCUCAAAGUUCUCCAGAGUUUAGGUUGUCUAUGGAGACUUGGAGACUUCUUCUCCAGAUGGGUCUAUCCAUCCAUCCUAUGAGACGCAUUCUCUGGAGGACAUUAGAUGCCUUCUUUGAUGGUCUCCUAUGAAGUUCUCCAGGGUUUAGGGUUUAAGUUUCCCAUGGAGGACUUUGGAGGACUUUGGAGGACCAUGGAGUCCUCCUCCUCCAGGAGAAUCCAUCCAUCCUAUAAGAUGCAUUCUCUGGAGGACAUUAGAUACCUUCUCUGGUUGUCUCCUAAAGAAGUAUUCCAGUGGUAGGGUUUUGCUUUUCCAUGUUAGACUCCGGGACCACCUCCAGGAGAAUCCAUCCUAUUAAGGUCCACCCAAUGAGAAACAACGAUCGAGGAAGUAGACCUUCCACAAAGCACUUAUCUGUGCUUAACCACAAGCUCCACCUUCCUCCACUCAACGGAAAUCACCCAUCUUGACUCACCCUUCUUUCCACCCUGACGAGCAAGGACGGUUGUCAGUCCCGGUAAGCAGACGCACUUCUUCGGGAACAUGGCAGAGCAAGAGAGCCUCGAAUUUGGGAAAGCGGACUUUGUCCUCUUGGACGAGGUGACCAUGGAGGACUUCCUGGAGAACCUGAAACUCAGGUUUGAGAAAGGACGCAUCUACACCUACAUCGGGGAAGUGGUGGUCUCCAUCAACCCAUACAAACCUCUGUCACUCUACGGGAAGGACACAAUCGAGCAUUACCGUGGUCGGGAACUCUACGAGAGGCCGCCUCACCUCUAUGCCGUGGCUGACGCGGCCUACAAGGCCAUGAAGAGACGGGCCAUGGACACCUGUGUGGUCAUCUCAGGAGAAAGCGGGGCCGGAAAAACGGAAGCCAGCAAGUACAUCAUGCAGUAUAUUGCCGCCAUCACCAAUCCGAGCCAGCGGGCCGAAGUGGAAAGGGUGAAAAAUGUUCUCCUCAAAUCCAACGGUGUCCUGGAGGCCUUCGGCAACGCCAAGACCAACCGCAACGACAAUUCCAGCCGCUUUGGAAAAUACAUGGACAUCAAUUUUGACUUCAAGGGAGAUCCCACCGGAGGACACAUCAGCAACUACCUGUUGGAAAAGUCACGAGUCCUCAAACAGCAACCAGGCGAGAGAAACUUCCAUGCCUUCUACCAGUUGCUUCUUGGUGCCUCCGACGCUAAGCUGGACUCUCUCCACCUGGUUGGAGACCCAACGGCCUACAGGUUUACCAAGGAGGGUGGUAGUAGUAAUGACAGGUCUUUGGAGAGUGAGAAAAGCAACUAUCAAUCCGUCUUGGACGCCAUGAAAGUGAUCGGUUUUACUUCGGAAGAGAUCGAUUCUGUGCAGAAGAUCCUGGCAGCCAUUUUACACUUGGGCAAUGUGAAUUUCAUCUACUCUGGUGACGAGGUGGCCAUCGAGGACCCACAACUGGUCUCCUACCUUGCGGAACUGACUUCCACUGACCCAGAGAGCCUCCUGAACACCCUCCUGUAUCGGACGGUGGCGACGGGUGGUGGGGAGGUGAUCCAAAAAGGCCACGGUUGCGAUGAAGCCAACUAUGCGCGGGAUGCUUGCGCCAAGGCUAUUUAUGAGCGGCUCUUUUGUUGGAUUGUGACCCGUAUCAAUGCCAUCAUCGCGGUCAAGAACUACGACCCGCGAAUCCAUGGCAAAAAUACAGUCAUCGGUGUCUUGGACAUUUACGGCUUCGAGAUCUUUGAAAACAACAGCUUCGAGCAGUUUUGUAUCAACUAUUGUAAUGAGAAGCUGCAGCAGCUGUUCAUCGAGUUGAUCCUCCAGCAGGAACAGCAGGAAUACCAGCGUGAGGGGAUUGAAUGGCAACACAUUGAAUAUUUUGACAAUCAAAUCAUCGUCGAUUUAGUGGAAGAACCGCACAAGGGCGUCAUUGCCAUCCUGGAUGAAGCUUGCUUGACUGUGGGCAAAGUCACUGAUGCCCUUUUCUUGGAGAGUAUGGAUGCCAGGCUUGGAAAACACCCACAUUAUACCAGCAGGAAGCUCAAUUCCACCGACAAGUCCAUGGAGUAUGGACGUGAUUUCCGGAUCAAGCAUUACGCCGGAGAUGUUACGUAUUCUGUGGAAGGAUUUCUCGAUAAGAACAAGGAUACGCUGUUCCAGGAUUUCAAGCGACUGCUGUACAACAGCGCAGACCCCCUCCUCCAGGAGAUGUGGCCGGAGGGCAAGCAGAGCAUCACUGAGGUGACAAAGCGGCCCCUGACUGCCGCCACCCUUUUCAAGAACUCCAUCGUGGCUUUGGUGGACAACCUAGCAUCCAAGGAGCCUUACUACGUUCGUUGCAUCAAGCCCAAUGAGCAGAAGUCCCCGUUUCUGUUCGACGAGGAACGCUGCCGUCACCAAGUCUCGUACUUGGGUCUGCUGGAGAAUGUCCGGGUCCGAAGGGCCGGUUUUGCCUACAGGCAACCAUACCACCGAUUCUUACUCCGGUAUAAGAUGACGUGCGAAUACACCUGGCCCAACCACCUCAUGGCCUCGGAUGGUGCAGCCACCCAAGCCUUGAUAGAGCAACAUGGCUUCCAAGAUGACGUAGCUUACGGCCAAACCAAGAUCUUCAUCCGAACGCCCCGGACUUUGUUCGCGCUGGAACAGGAACGCGCCAACCUGAUCCCCAUUAUUGUGCUGUUGUUGCAGAAGGUCUGGAGAGGAUCCCUCGCCCGCAAACGUUGCCGAUACCUGCGAGCCAUCUACACUGUCAUGGCCUACUACAGGCGUCACAAAGUGAAAGGGUACUUGUUGGACCUCAUACAACGCUUCCAAGGGGUGCGCAACAUGGCCGAUUACGGCAAAAGCGUGGCGUGGCCGGAGCCGCCAGCAGUGCUGACCCAGUUCCAGGAGAGUUCCCAGCUCAUUUUUGCCAGGUGGCGAGCCAGGCAGCUGGUGACCAACCUCUCUCCAUCCGAGAUGAGCCAAGUCAAAGCCAAGGUGGCUGCUUUCGAGGUCUUGCAAGGCCGGCGGAAAAAUUGGGGUUGUUGCCGGAACUGGAGACAGAACUAUUUAGCAGCGGCAGAGGAGAAUCCAAGCUUGGCUCCGCAGUUCAUCAAACAGGUUUCAGCCCUGAAAGACAAGAUGCACUUCAGUUCCGUGUUGUUCUCGUGCCACGUGAGGAAGGUCAACCGGUGUAACAAACGGACGGACCGAGCCCUUCUGAUCACCGACCAGCACCUCUACAAACUGGAUCCCCGGAAGCAGUACCGAGUCAAGAAGGCCAUCGCUCUCGGCACGGUGUCUGGCCUGAGUGUCACCAGCGGAGAGGACCAGCUGGUCGUCUUCCACUUGGAGAAGCAGCGGUGCCUAGUGGUGUGCCUCCAUCAAAUGCAGCCAUCCAAUGACCAGCGGGUCGGGGAGCUGGUUGGAGUCCUGGUGGACCACUUUAGGAGGCUCAAGCGAGACCUUCAAGUUACGGUGUCCGACCGCAUCCCGCUUAGCCAAAAGAGCCGGAAACACUUUGUGACAGUUGCCCGCUGUGACAACAUGACCCAGCCGGAUUUCGCUAAGACCCGGGACGGCUUUGUGCUCCACUGGCCAAUGAGCCGGUAAACCAGCAUUUGCCUUGAACCCUCAAACCUCUCUGGCUCCUGGAAGAGCGGAAAAAGCGAUUCCACCAAUCAUGAGGUCUAGCACCUUUACUCUCUUUUGAAAUUGUGGCGGUGUGUGGAGCUGAGUGACGGAAGGAACGGUCCUGCCUUCCUUUUUUUAUUAGCUAAAAUCCCUCCUUCCGUCGCCAUGAAAGCACAAUACUUCUUACAGCCAGUCCUCGACUUACGACUUCCCAUCUAGUGACCAUCUCAAGUUGCAAAAUCGUGCCCGGGGGGGGGGAAAAAGCGACUGAUGGCCAUUUUUCCCACCCUUAUGACCGUCGCUGCGUUCCCCGCCACCCAAACGCAGACGCACGGCCACCGACUUGGGGUUACAACGGGUUGCAACGUCCCUGGGUAGGUCACGUUAUUUCCCUCCGUGCCCCUUUGGCGACCUUCCGACAAGCGGCCGAUGGGGAAGCCCUGUUCCCCAAAUGACUGCUGCACUUUGCUUAACGACGGCGGGCAGGAAGGUCAUCAAAUGGGGUGGAACGCAACGACGUGUCUCGGGUGGCUGCUGAGAUUUGGGGCACCCCCAUCGUCAUCAGUCGAGGACUCCCUGUAAGAGGCAAUAUGGCGUCAAUUCCUUCUCCGGGCAUCCGAAGGUCUUGGAACGGAUCCAAGAUCCCUAACCAUGAAUCGUGGUUUGAAUUUGAACCCCUGGUGGAGAAGAUCCAUGGAAGACCAGGUCCAUUAGUUACAUCCACCCAACCCUUCAGAGCUGGGGCGAAGGAGGUGUGAUGGGUGGGAUUCAACCGCUGUAACAACCAGUUUGGCUUUGCUUGCGCGUGCACCAAAAUGUGUGGUUUGUGCACGCGCACCGUUUGAAAAAUCAGUGUUUCAGAUCUAACACUUACCUUCUACUGCAGUCCAGUGAGUAAAACACCGGAGGCACGGCAAUCCGCUGUGUCGUGCGAAUCGGUGGAGUUGCAAAACGCGGAAAUAAAGGACAGACUAGGGCAGGGUCAAAUGAUCACCUGCACAACUGGUUCGCCCACACUGGUGUGAACUGGUAGAAUCCCACCCAUGGUCUCCUUCGGUCAGCUCCUAAACUAUUUCUGUGGUCUUUUUAGAGCUGCCAACAGAAAGGGAGGUGGGGGAAGGGGUUUGAAAGAGCAGUGCGGCAGCUUGGAAAUUGAAAGCGUAUUCCAUGCAUAGUUUUUCAGAAAUAGAAACUAGGCUAGACUGAAGUUCCUGCCGUGCAAAAUUCUAACUGGAGAGCCUGAUGGAUGACUCUGGGCUAUGGAGGUGUCCCAUUGGAGGAUAUGAAUUACGAU